AUGGCGACCCCAGGGAUCACCAGGGUCUUCCAGUCCACCCGUGAAGCUGCUGGUCGGGCUUCCAGAGAAGUCGCUCCCGACAGCAGGCGGUUCAUCGUAGUCCACGGUCUUCCACGUUCCGCUUUACCAGCUGAUGUUCGCCGGGCAUGCCUAAAAGCUAAGGUGGAUGUCGCGUCCGUCUCAAUAGAUUAUUUCCGGCUCCUCCCCACACAGAAGGCCUUCAUCGAGCUGCACAGUCCCCUCUACCUCCAGUCAAGCCUGAAGAACCUCAAAAAUGCCGUAGUUGGCGGCAGUCAAAUCUACUCAUAUCCCUCUCAAGACCCCACAGGUGGUCGCCCAGACCGCACAAGGGGCAUCAAGGGCCGCGCAGAGGCAGCCGAGCGGGGUAUUAUCACUGGCAACGGACCAGCGGGGGGCCUCACCAGCCAGGGGAAGAACGUAGUAAUGUCGGGGCUUCCGGGCAGGAUGACUGCGGAGGCCCUGAGGGAGUUCCUCAAGGGAUACAAGCUCGCAGGCUCUGAGGGCGGCAAGAAGGAAGUCGUUAAGAUGGAUGUGGGAGUCUAUCAGAAGUUGGCCUUCACAUCGCGGCAUCUCGUCCGCACGGCAUCCAUAUCGGAGGCUCACCGUCUCGUUCGGACACUACAUAUGACGUUUUUCCGACCUGAAGUCUAUCACCACCUGUAUCCUCUCCGCGCUCGUGUUGUAUACUGA